AUGGGUUUGAUUAUAGUUGGAGUUGGCGGUCCUUCGUCUUCGGGAAAGACAACGAUUUGCAAUAGUCUUCGGACCAUCUUACCGCAAUGUACCUUGAUUCAUUUAGAUGACUUCUAUUUACCUGAUGGUGAAAUACCCAUGGAUGCAGACCUUCAGCUCGAGAAUUGGGACUGCCCAGAGGCUAUCGACUGGCCGAAGUUCCAGAAUUAUAUCGACGAGAUACGUGCUACUGGAGGAGAUGUAUUACCCGUUGAAUCUAAGGAAUCGGAGUCGCUUCUAAAGCUUUCUAAGGAGGAAAUAGACGAAGCUCAGACUUUGAUCGAAAGAAAAUACCCUGAAUUGCUCAAUUCUCAUGUUGUACUCAUUGACGGGUUCAUGUUGUACCAUGAUGUCGCCAUCUCCAAUCUAUUUGAUGUUAAAUUAUACUUCAGAGCCCCAUAUCAAAUGCUAAAAGCACGCAGAGAAGCAAGAGCAGGCUAUGCAACAAGCGAUGGAUUUUGGGUUGACCCUCCCGGUUAUUUUGAUCAGAUUGUUUGGCCUCAGUACGUGUUGACACACAAGUAUUUAUUUCUAAAUGAUGAUGUCGAAGGUGAGCUAAAGGAGGAGAGCAAAAAAAGCGGGCUCAAGGAUAUAUUCAAUGACAACACAAAAUCAAUCAAGCAAUUGGUUCUUUUGUCUUUAGAUAGUAUCAACGAUGCACUGUCUCAUACUAUUUGA